AUGGUGUUGUUUUUACUUGGAACGCAAAGUACAAUGGGACUAAAAUGCUACGCGUGUCCGUAUUGUCCGGAUCCAUUUGAUCCUGAAGUUAUGAAGAAAAAUGUGACCGAUUGUCCGGCUCCGAAAGUCUGUUACCAUGGGAAUUAUACAGUUGAAGACCAGGAGAUUGGUGACAUUAAUGGUGUUGCCAAGGGGUGCGUAGAACCAAAAGGCGGUGAAUAUAACUGCUACAAAUACAAAGAGAAGGAUUCCGCUGGAUUCAUUUGUGAAUGCAACGAUGCUGACAAUUGCAACUUGAAUUGGCCGAAAAAUCCCAGGUACGAAACUCCCAAAAAAGAAAGAGCCACUAGUCCAUACGUGUCGUCUGUCUAUUUUCAUAGGGCCUGCCAAUAUACGGUUUGCGUUCAGGUUCAUAAACCGAAGACCGGUUUUUAUAUUUUCUUUAAAUGGAAAAACAAUUGUUCUUAG